GUUCGAUAACUAGUCUAUAGUUCAAUAUCGGCUUUGUUAGGGUUUUGAUCGAAAUCGAGAGAGAUCGAGAGAUCGAGGGAGAGAUGGGGAAAACGCCGGUGAGGAUGAAAGCAGUGGUUUAUUCGCUGUCGCCAUUCCAGCAAAAGGUUAUGCCGGGAUUGUGGAAAGAUCUUACGACCAAGAUUCACCACAAAGUCUCUGAUAAUUGGCUCAGCGCUACUCUUCUCCUUGGUCCGCUCAUCGGAACCUAUUGGUAUGUUCAGCAUUACCAGGAGAAGGAGAAGCUCGCCCACAGGUAUUGAAGACUUGCAGGAUAUUUUGCUGAAUACAGAUUGCCCCAAGCUAUCAUUACCAUGCUUGUUCUUUCCUGCAUAAAUAUAAUCACUUUUGAAGUAAAUCAGAUUAUUAGCUGCUUUUUACAGCCCUAAUGGGAGUAUUUGUUUAAUAAUGUGCACUGUUGAGCUAUAACAUAUUUUUUUUUAUUUGAAUGUGAUGCAUGCUUUCCUUAUAAAUUUAUAAUAACUGAGGGACAUAAAUAUCUUUUAUGGCUGAUCAAUUAAGAUUUCGUUUGGGAUGA